GUACGGGCGAUCGAUACACCGGGACUUCGUCGGGUUUCGCGUCCAAAAGGAACUCUGGACGAGAGGAGAUGUCCCGCAAGUGGUUCAAGAGACGAGACAGCACGUUCAAGCCGCCAGACAUACGAAUAUAGCGAGUCGAGAACGGUUCAGCAGCCGCUCGAGGGACGAAGAUCCAGCCCCGCGGUCGGCAUCACGGCCAGGGAUGAAACAGAUUCGCGUUUCCAGGCGCGGAGGAAGGAAGGCAAGAUCAAGCAGAGCCUGAGCGAUCGCGUGCAGUCGUCGAAGACCGAGAAGCAGGUCGGUUUCUUCGACAGGCCCGCGUUCAAGUUCGGCUUCAGCGAGAAGGCGAGAAGGAAUUCCGAUUCGAAGGAGGUGGGUCCUCGCGUGAAAUUGCAGAAGAACGACUCCUUUCUCAGGAAGCUCGUCAGAAGUUCCAAGGACAACAUCGCUGGGGGCUGCGAGAGGCUGGUCAGGAACAUACAGAAGAGCCCGUCGGUUCUGCGAAAGAAGUUCUCGUUCAACGGCGGCGAGGAGAAACCGGUGCCACCGGUCAGAAGAAAAGGAUCCACCAAGAGGCCUCUGAAGUUCGAUCGAAGCGGAACUUGUUUCAAAGAUUCCCUCGCCAAGGAGUCCACGAAGAUCCAAGUUUCCAUCGUCUGUCCGAGCAUCGACACCGUCGAGGACGGUUUUCUGUUGGUGAACGAGCCUUCGCGGAUCCAAGUGAGCAGCCACGAGGGUGGAAUCUCGCCGGUUCAAGCGCGUCGCGCGGUUUUCGAGGACGAGGAUUCGUCGAAGAGCGUGUCCGUGGAGGACGUGGAGGAUCUGAUAAGGUCGGAGGACAACCUUAGGUUGCUGGAGCAGCGCGUUCUGAUCAGGAGACGCUUGGAGAAGUCGACGAAGCUCUUCGAAGCGCUUCAGCCGAAUCAACGGAGGUCCACCAGCGAGAAGAACCUUGUCGGGGACUCCAGAUUCGACGCAGGCGAGCCAAGGUCGUUGAUUUGGUCGGACAAGACGAAGGUACGGUGGAAGUCGUGGAAAGCGAAACGCUCGCCUCCGCCGGACGACUGGCUGGUUCAGAGGUCGACGAGGCUUCGGUGGACUCUGAAUAACGAGCACGGGUCAGCCGAUAAGCUGAUUUCAGCAAGGAAGUCAUGGAUAACCGAUGACGGGCUGCACGCCAGCCGUCAGUCGGCCACGUCGCACGGAGUAAAAUGCAGACUUGCGAAUUUCGCGGAUGCCCGACAGCCAGACGGUGGGGACGCGGAGGGGACCAGAGACCGCGAGACUGCGGAAGAGCAAAGUAAACACGAGCUAGUCGCGAAACCGGACGGGAACUCGAGCAGCCUCGUCUGCUCGAACGCCGAGCCGACUGUUUUUCGCCCGGAAGCGAGCUUACGCGUCGAGACACGGCCCAACGAUGAACGGCUAGUCGACGAGACGAAGACCAAAACCAACCCCGAUGAAACUGCGGACCAAAGAGACUCUGCGUUGCCCGUCGGCGAUGAUACGAAGAUCAACGUUCCUCCCGAUUUCUGUCCAGUUCUGAUCGAUCGUAAGAAGUCCCAGACGAGAUCCGCGAGAAAGAAGAAAGUGAAAAUCUCAAAGUGUCGGAGGAUCCAGGACUCGAACGAUUGGAAGAUGAAGUUCACGAUCAGGAUGAUCAGGGUCCGCGACAAGCUGAUGCUCGGUCUGAGCGCGUUCGCGAUAUUGUUCACGAUCUUGUUGGUGAUGGAUCUUCAGAUGGACCUGGGCUACAGCGGCCAUCACCUGGUGCCCAGCCACGGUCGCGUUCGUAUCGGCGACGAUCCGAACACGGACACCAUUUACAACAACUUCCGGCGGAAGUUCCUCCAGAGAGCGAACGCCAGCAAGGAACAGAACAGUGCUGACGUGUCCGGUACCACGCAGAACACCGGCAAGGACGUUGCUAACGAGCCUAGGGACUCGAGGACCGAGAAAACGAAAGUGCACGACAGCUUUUCGGAUUUAGUGGACGUUCUGGUGAAAGGUUACGGUGUUGGGGUGUACGAGGGGGUGGUCAAAAUUAGCGGAGAGAAUCACUCGUAUAAUCCUACCUUGAGGGAGCUGAAGAAAAUAAAUCUAAAGAAGAAUAGUUCAACCCUAGAGAAGUUCCAUUUGCAAAUCUCCAGAGCGGAACUGUACCCGUUGGACUCGAAAUACGUGGACCAAUUGUUGCACGAAAUCGCGACGAGGCCUAUCGUUCAUGUUGCUCAGAAAGAAGGCGGCACGCAGCUGAAGCUCGAGAUAAACUAUUCGUACAUGCAGGCGCUGUUCAAACCUAUGAGGUUUCCUCGGGAGCAGCAGACACUACCAAAUCAUUUUUAUUUCACCGACUUCGAGAGACAUACGGCGGAAAUCGCAGCCUUCCAUUUAGACAGACUAUUGGGGUUCCGGAGGGCGAUGCCAGUCACUGGUAGAACAUUGAACCUGACGACAGAGGUUUAUCAGAUCGCCGACGGCGAGCUCUUGAAGACGUUCUUCGUCAGUCCCGCCGGUAAUAUCUGCUUCCACGGCAAGUGCAGUUAUUACUGCGAUACGGCGCACGCGAUUUGCGGAAAUCCGGACACCCUCGAAGGAAGUUUUGCCGCGUUUUUGCCGGAUAAAUCGUUGGUCACGCGGAAAGCCUGGCGACACCCUUGGAGAAGGAGUUACCACAAACGGAAAAAGGCGCAGUGGGAGCACGAUUCCGAUUACUGUUCCCUAGUGAAAGAAAUACCGCCGUACGACGAGGGUCGAAGGCUGUUGGAUUUGAUGGACAUGGCUGUCUUAGACUUCCUCAUGGGAAAUAUGGACAGACACCACUACGAAACAUUCAAGAUAUUCGGCAACAACACGUUCCCCUUGCAUUUGGAUCACGGCAGGGGCUUUGGACGACCCUUCCACGAUGAGAUCUCCAUCCUGGCCCCCAUCUUGCAAUGCUGCAUGAUCAGACAAACUACCCUAAGCACUCUAUUAAAGUUUCACAAUGGACCAGUGUCUUUGAGCGCGGCAAUGCGAAAAAGUAUGGCGAAGGACCCGGUGGCGCCAGUUUUAUGGGAGCCUCACUUCACAGCCCUCGACAGAAGGGUGCGCGUGAUACUCCAAGCAAUCAGGGACUGCAUAAAUCGCGAGGACUCGAGUCAAGUCGUUCACGAGAGGACCGAGAACUCUGCGUCCUAACCCUUUCACGGGUUCUCAGUGAGACAGACGUUGAGACUGCCGGUAAAACGGAAAUGGAGGUUGGAAAUCGUCGUGAGAACUGUGUCCAAUUGUAAAAAGAAGAUAUAAAAAAGACUUGUAAAAAGGCAACGCGUCGAACGAUCACCGGGGGCGCGUGUAUUCGUUUGUUGAUUUGACGUCGAUCGGUCAAUUAUUCUUUAUCGAGCUUGAGCGCGACUUGGGAAACCGUUACAUUGUUAUUGAAUAUUGAUAUUCUUGUUGAAGUUUCAUCCAGUUUUGUUCUGUCCGUCUCGACGAAGUUUGUACAUAGGUGAUGUACAUAGUGUACGUAUUACGAGAGAGAAAACGUUUUGAGAAUCAAAAACAACCGCGACGUUCGGCUUUCUGUGUACAUAACGAAGAAACUGAAGAAAAAGUAUAUGUGCAAAUGGGAAAUGCGUGAAUGAGAAUCGGUGAUUCCCGGCGGAAUAUUUUCGAAUCGGUUCGUGGGAGCGUCUCGAUGCUUGGCGGUUUCAUCGUUGAGAUGUUUAUGCAGUCUCCAUUGAAAAAAGUGUCUUAUUCCAACGGUGGAUCUGACAAUGAGUUCAAAGUGAGAGGGGUAGCUAACAAAAAAGAUUCUGAAAAUUAUAAAUUUAAAUGUUGAAAGUUUACCAUACUUUGAAUCAAUGUUUUUGGUCAGUCUAGAAGGGGGGUGAUCUCUAUCCCUCCACCCUCUCUGUAUCCACCACCGUAGAUCGUUCUUCGACGAUGAAACUCCGCCGAUUGUCAGCGAUUUAACGGGAAGGUUGUCGUUUUCUUCGCGAAACGAAACGAUUUUCUGUGCCACAGUUCCUCGCGUUGACACGACGCGCUCCCGUCAAACUUUUUUUUUUACGGGGAUUCGCCUAUCGCGAAUGGGGGAUUCACAGUUCUCUGGCCUCGCGCGAGAUCGAGCGCGUGUCGUGGCUGAAUGGAACGUGGGUGCGUGAUAUCUUUUGUAAAGUGUGCUUUUCAUACGCAUGUACUUCCGUGACCGUUUCCAAAGUGCACCUGUAUUUGUAAGUGUGUGUUUUUUUUUCUUUUUUUGGAAAGCAAUGGAAAAAAAAAAGAAAACAGCUCUACCGGAGAAACAUUGGUGUACUUUCGUCGCUAUCAUUGAUCUCAUCGGAUACAUUGAAGUUCCUUAAUUCCCUGUUACUCGUGCCUUCCUAGUCUUCCAAAAACCGAUAAGCGUCAAUAUAUUGAGAUGUAAGUGGAAUAAUUUAUUAUACAAUUUUUUGUCAAUUCUGCUCUGCCGGAUUUUGAAGAAAAAAAAACAUCAUUGAAAAGUACGAUUGCCUUUUAAUCGACAGGGAGGAUAUUGUUGCAUGGCCGGUGGAAAAUAUUAACGGAAGGUAAGAAAAUAAUUGUCGUGAUUAAAACUUCUUUUCGAAUAUAACAAAAUGAUAUUUCAGUUCGAAAAAUGGGAAUUGAAAUGUGUAAAACUGUGUCCGCUCUUCUCGAAACGAUACUCGAUGAGUUUGAAAUAUCGAAAUGUACUGCUGGACGAAAUAAUGUGAACCUUCUGUUGCAAUUAAACGCUGGUAAGCAGUUGGGAAUAAUUAAACUGAAUUUUAAAUAUUGUGUAGAGGUUCGUGUAACGAAAUUAUGAGGAAAAUAUAUAUU